UUUUCUUUCUUCUUUCCCUCCUUUUUUAUUUUCUUUUCAACUUUUUCCUCCUUUUUUUACGCGCUGCGAGUGCGAGGCUUUCAUGGACGCAUCAGGACCGUUAGUUUCUAAUCGAACGAACAACAAUCGCGACCUCGCCCGCGUCCUGCGCCACUCGAAACCACCCGCCGCCGCCGCAGCAACCGCCGCGACCCGCGGCCAGUCCACGAUGCCACCGCCGUUGCCGCGCGCUGCUCUACCCCUGCGCCCUCUCCUCCACCGCUCCCGGAGCCUACCGCCUCUGCUCCUCCGGCAGCCCAGACAGCGGCGUGGCCUCUCGGCGCGCGCCUCCGCUGCGCAGCUCGCUGGUCCUCCCGCCGCCGGAGGUGUGGAGGACGCGGUGGUGGGCUUCGUCGCCGGCAAGAGGAAGGCCACCGAGCUAGCUCACGCGGUGUGGAGAAGUAUUAUUCAGAAAGGGGAUACUGUGGUUGAUGCCACAUGUGGGAACGGCAAUGAUACAUUCGCUAUGCUAAAGAUGGUAGCUGAUGAAAGAGUGCAAGGGCGUGUAUAUGGGUUGGACAUUCAAGAGUCCGCGAUAACCAGCACUUCCUCUUUUCUGAAAAUGGCCGUCAGUAGCCAUGAGCUGGAACUUGUCGAGUUGUUUACAAUUUGUCAUAGUCGAAUGGAGGAGGUUGUCCCAAAAGAUUUUCCUAUCAGGCUUGUAGCAUUCAAUUUGGGCUAUCUUCCAGGGGGAGAUAAAACAAUAAUCACUGUACCUAAGACAACUGAGCUGGCUUUGCAAGCUGCCAGCAGAAUUGUCAGUUCUGGGGGACUCAUAAGUGUCCUUGUCUACAUUGGACAUCCGGGUGGAAGGGAUGAACUUGACGUUGUUGAAUCAUUUGCAUCAAGCCUGCCUAUUGAUACCUGGAUGAGCUGCAAGUUUGAAAUGCUGAAUAGACCAAUGGCUCCAGUACUCAUUCUCCUGCAUAAGAAAUGAUCAUGGCUUCUGUGAACCUACACAUUGUGGCAAGUAACAGAGCGAACACAUGCUCACUUGUGUGCUAAGUGCCACAUUUACUAAGGAUUCAAGUUACAUCGCAGAAUGCUAAGAGCAAUCAUACAUAAUUGUAUCAAACAAUCUGGAUGUUUUGGAGUGGCAAACUUUGGAAAUCUUGAAGCCUGCCCUAGAUUAACAUUGUA